GCGGGCCAGGGCAAGCCCGCGGACAACAACAUGUCGGCCCGCGCGUCCACCUACGAGCACCGCGUCCUCAUGCACGCGAUCGCGUGGGCCGCCGCGCCCAAGUGGACGGCGGCGGAUUGGUCGGCGUUGCUGGAUUCCCACGAGUGGAUCGUGCUCAAUAUGCCAGAGAAGAAGAACAAACGUUCCCCGAACGCGGGGGCCGUGGGGCGCGCAGUUGGGCAGAUGUCCGCGAAAUGGGUGGACGCAGUGCGCGAGGACACCACGACGCUCGCGGAGGCCGCGAAGGGGUGCAGGACCGAGCGG